AUGCCAGACCCCCAGAUCCUCUCGAUAUCGGACCUCUCCACGUCGGAAGCAAAAUGGGUGGCCCUCAAGAAAGUUGACUUUGUCGACCAAAAAGGCACGCCUCGCUCCUGGGAGAUCGCCGUCCGCAAGACGACCUCCAAAUCCGGCGUCGACGCCGUCGCCAUGGGGAAUAUCUUCGUGCACCCGUCGAAACCCCCGGCAACACUGCUCGUCAUUCAGUAUCGACCUCCCGUGGGGAAGUACACGGUCGAAUGGCCCGCCGGGCUGAUCGAUGAGGACGAGACGCCCGAGGAGGCCGCGAUCCGAGAGAUGAAAGAGGAGACAGGCUACGAGGGGAGGAUUUUGGACUCGAGUCCCGCUGUGGCGAGCGAUCCGGGGCUCACGAACGCCACGCUCAAGCUGGUCAUGAUGGAGGUGCAGUUGAGUGCGGGUGAGGCCGAAGAUAUCAUGCCGGAGCAGAAGCUCGAUGACGGGGAGCUGAUCGAGCGGGUGAUGGUGCCGUUGAGUGAGCUGUAUGAGCGCUUGCUGGGCUGGGCGGCGCGGGAUGACUUCAUGAUUGCUGGGAAGUUGUUUUACUUCGCGGCUGGGAUGCACUUUGCGAAGAACAGCGGCUAUAUUUGA